AUGUCGGACAACAGCCUUACGCCUCGCGUGCUUUUCGCCGAGCCCGCGUCCCUUGAAGAAAUGAAUCAGAGCGAUGCGAUGGACGCUGGGUGCGUGAACACGGAUUUGCUCUGGUUGGACGAGCAGCAAGCAGAACAGUACAGUCAGAACUUGAGAGGUCAGCCCUUAGCACGGGAGGUGCAGACCCUGACAGCGGCCAAAGUGUACUGGUCCAUAAGAACUCGGCCGCAGGAGAUGGUUCCAAUGCUGCAGCAGCCGUCUUUCCUAACCAUGUGCAAUAAGCUGGCAACCACGGAACCCACAGCUGACAUUGUGGCACAACGUGACUGCUGGGAGCAUCCUAGCGGUAUGACCGUUUGGUUGGAGAUGGUCGACGACGCAGACCAGCUAAGACGUGGCCCAGGAGCUAUGGCGACGCAAGCGAAAUACAAGAUGAUCUUCAACCUGAAGCAUGGUUUACUUGUCGCUCAAUUCACAAUGCAGCCUCGGGACAUAAUUCGUGGUAACCAUCCUGGUUGGAACGAAGAAACCAUCGGACAUCGAGCGCCUUUGCCUGAUACUGUCUCGGAUCUUCUUGCUACGAUGUGGAACCACCUACACGGGCUUGGUAGCACAAAUCUCUUCCCGAACAUGGGUUUAGGUGCGCAAAGGCUCGUUACUAUGACCAAGCGACUUCGGUACAUCGUCUUACCAGUCUUCGAGGAUACGCACUACCUAGAUAGCUUUGUUCUCACGUGCCUGGUAAAGCUUGGCGCAGGCACCCGGAACUUUUCUGCUUGGCCAGGCGUCGACUUCAAGGCUGGCGAGUUGUAA